UAAUUCCUGCCGAGUAAUCGCUAAGCGAUAAAGGUCAUCACUGUUCACUAUAAAUAAAAAAAAAUAGGAAUUGUUUCAUAGUUAGUGAUAGUAUUACAAUUUAUAUUUAUUUUUAUUGUUAUAAAAUAUCACUGAGGAAAACCUUAUAACCUAAGAAAUGUUUACAAGUUCCUAAUUAUAGCUAUAUGAAUGUGUCCAAGAGAUAAGCGAUAUGAAUGAAACAGAAGUAUGGGAGGAUCUUUCCAACAUUCCUGCAGACCCUCCAAUAAUGCGGGACUUGUGUGAAAAUUGCAAGAGACCAUCAGUUGUAUGUUGGUGUUCAGCCUUACCCUCCAAUAGACUAACGCCAAGAAGUACAAUAAUACUUCUGCAGCACCCAGCUGAAGAGAAGAGAUGCCUACGCACUGCACCUAUGCUGCAACUAGGCCUAGCUCAAAACAAAUGCCUUAUUUACAAAGGGAAAAAAUUCCCACAACCAAAACACGAAAAUCUGGAAGAUAUUCUAACACAACCAAACACUGUAUUGCUGUACCCAAGCAAAGCAGCAGUUGAUAUAACACAAUUAGGAGAUGAUUCUGAUAGUUAUAAUAUAGUUUUAAUUGAUGGCACAUGGCCGCAAGCGAAAGCAAUAUAUGCAUCCAGUCCAAUACUUCAUAAGAUUAAACAAGUCAAAUUACUGACUAAUAGUACAAGUAGUUAUCUUAUAAGGACCCAGCCUACAGAAGGAUGUCUAAGCACCCUCGAAACAGCUGCGGAAGCUUUAUCUCAACUUGAAAAAGACUCGAAAUAUUACGACCUCAUAAACCCUUUGCACAUGCUCUGCAAAUAUCAGUUGGACAAUGGUGCUGUUACACACCAAUCAAAGGAAUUUUUAAUUAAAACAAAGACAUAUCCAAAACUGAUUGGAAAAAGACUAUCAAAAUUAUUGAAGUCAACAAACGAGUGUACUCUUGAGUGAUCAUAAUUUUAUAUAACUGUUGGUAAAAUAAAAUUGUUAUAAACAACAUUAAUACAGUUAUUAUUAAAACUGGAUAUUUUAACAA